AUGGCCGUGCCAUUGGAUUCGCCACAACCAGUCUUCACCUUCCCUCCCUUGGACACGAUCCCCGAUGCGCAGGAGGAUCAGCCAGUGCCGGGCACAGCAUUGGAUAAGCUCGGCUCACUUGAUGUCUCGGCGCUCGUGUUUGGCGCCGCUACGCUCUCGCACAUAUAUAACGCAGUAGACACUUUGUCCACCGACAUACUGUUACGGACAGUCCGUCUUGCGAUGCGCUAUGGCAUCCGCUCCUUCGAUACUUCCCCUUACUAUGGCAUCUCAGAAAUUGUGUUGGGGACUGCCCUCAAGGCCCUGGAAGCAGAGUUUCCCCGCGAGUCGUACCAACUCAUGACCAAGUGUGGCCGCUACGGCGGAGCUGAUUUCGACUAUUCUCCCGCAACAAUCCGUCGCAGCGUGCAGCGUAGCCUCGAGCGGUUACAUACGAGUUAUCUGGAUGCCGUGUACCUACACGACACGGAGUUCGUUGCUGAGUGGGUUGGUCCCCGAAAAGAAGGUGACCACUCAGGCGCUCUCGGCUCGGAGGCACAGGCGUACGGAGUUGCGCCAGGGCAAGAGGCGCUUAUACAUGGGCCAGGUGACCAGGCGAUCUUGGAUGCAAUCGCAGAGCUUCGGAAGAUGCAGAACGAGGGCCUUGUAAGAAACAUCGGGAUUACAGGCUUCCCGUUGCCGACGCUACUCCGUCUUUCCCUACUCGCGCUACAUACUGCACCGUACCGCCCUCUGGAUAUCGUGCUCUCGUACUCGCACUUGAACCUCCAAAAUGAUACGCUUCGCGCAUUUGCUCCCGUUCUACGUGAGCGGGCACGUGUUGGUAUGCUGCUCACCGCGAGCCCACUCAGUAUGGGCUUGCUCACUCCGCGCGUCCCAACAUGGCAUCCCGCGCCGGAAUCGCUCAAGAAAGCUGCACAGGAGGCGGUGAUCCGUUGUGCAGAUUGGAAUGGCGGGUUGCCCGCUGUUGCCAUAGCAUGGGCCUCUAAAGUCGCGGAGCAGGGGCCAGUACCCAUGCCCUCGGUAGUAGGUCUCAGCAAGCUUCAAGAGGUUCAUCAAGCGGUACGCGCUUGGCGUGUUGUCCGCGACGGCGCGAAAACGGAGGAGUUAGACGCUAUCGCAGUUAAGGCGACGGCCGCCUUCGAAGAAACAGGCACGAAGAACUGGUCUUGGGUCACCCGUGGAUGA